AAAUUUUGCACGCCCAUCCCCUUUUCUUCUUCUUUCUUUGUUCUUCUUCUUCGCAUGCCCGAACACAGAGAGAGAGACGAGAGAGUGAGAUCGAGAGAUUGAGAGGGAGAUCAGAGAGAGUUGAGAGCAGAGAGAUGCGACCGAGAGAGAGACGAGAGAUUGAGAGUGAGAUCGGGAGAGUUGAGGGAGAUGGAGCCCGAUCCUCCAGUGGGUGACGCCGACGAGACCCGAGAACGCCGGCGACGCGAUCUCCGGUGAGCCCGUGAACCAUAGAUGAUCUGGGAGAGAAAACCCGUAACCCGAAACCCGUGAAACCCUCUAGGAGCGGUUUUCCGGCGAGUUCUCCGACGAACCAGAGCCGAUUUCCGGCCUUGCUUUGCUGUUGUGCUCAAAUUGGAGAAAUAUAAUGAGUCUCUCUCCAUUCAAGCUGGACAUUGAUGACCUCAUAUACGAGUUUGCUGAGGGCGAAUCGACAACUUUGGCUGAUAUGAAGAGAGUAUGGCUUUCUAAGAAGUUCUCGUACAUAUAUGAGGCUAGUCCUUCUUCCAACUUGGCCUUCUUCAUGCAAUCGUUGUAUUCCCAUUCAAUUGGUAGUUACAUGAUAAGUAAUGUUUCUUUAUCACACAGACUGGGUGGGCUUUUUUGCCUUUACUGCCUCUAUGAGACUCAGCCUUUCAAACCCCCUUUCAAAAUUUAUCUAUCACUUGGAGAGCUGAACAAACUUAAAGAGCUUGUUGUUGAUGCAAAAGAAAAAGGUGUAAAAGUGGUAUCUGCUGUGGUCAAAAGGAUGCUUGAGAAAAACAUGUUCCUCUUUGGGUGUUUGGAGAUAAAUGAAGGUUCUGUUACAGAGACAGUGAAUCAACUUACAAAAUUGCAGAAUGCCCGCAUUCAAGUUUUAUAUAAUAAGUUAUUUGCUGAUAGUCGGACAGAGCACUUCCUCCAUAUGGACUUGGGUAUGGAAGUUGACUUGAAUGUUGUCCAGGAAAAGUCAACAGAAUAUGCAGAGGCCAAGAAAUUGGCCAUUGAAGAGGCCAGCAAGGUAGUGGAUGUUCAAGACAUAAAGCACAUAUCAGAGGAUAAAAAAUUGAUUGGAGAUGAAAUGCAGAAGAUCGUAGAUGACUGGAAUGUCCAAAGAGAUAUUUUUAAUCAACAAAGAGGAUUCAGCCAGCAACCUCCUGAAGAACAGCAGCAGCUCCUGCUGCUACAAGAAGAAGAGCAACAGCAAGAUCAAGAUGAUGAAGACUUUGAUCAACAGCUGGAACGAUUGCUAUCCAAAGCAUAAUGGCUACGUUGGAGCUUCAUAAAAGGUUCAGGGGCACGGAUGGUCUCUGAGAAUGCCAUCCUAAUUAAUUUCACUUUGAUACAAAACCAUCUCCUCCUCCCUUUUUUUGUUACAGAUGGGAAGAAUGCUCAUGAGUGCCUUGGGCUUGGUUCUAGCUUGUGUGAUUUAUUAUGCAUUCUGUAUGCAGAAACGAUUUAAUAUGUCCAUUUAAAUGAGUGCAUGUGUAGUCUUGUAGAUGUAAAAUCAUGAACAAUGGCUCCGUCUAAGCUGCAUGUUUAGAAUAUGCCUUCGAUUAAUUUGUUCGAAGCUUCCUAUUUUUAGACGCUUCAAUUUUGCAGUUGACAUUAGUUUAAUUUUGUUUAGUGUUUGUAGGAGAACGGAAGGCUAUGUUGCCGGUAUAUAAAUUGUAGUGGAGGGUUAAAAUUAAGAAAGAAAUGUUAUUUCGUA